AUGUCCACUUCCAGUGACAGCCCAAACAAUUCGCCUCAAACUUACGAGCCGACGUCUCCUAGGGAAUUUGUUGGUGGCAACAAUCGAAGAUCAAUGGCAUCGUCAACGCAGCAUACUAUUAUCGGCGACGAGAAGGUUCCCGAAACAGUGAUCGCACCGAUGAAAAGCCCCCGGUCAGCUCGAUUCGCGGAAGCCACUACCAUCCAUUCGCCUACUGCGGCGGAGAGUAGCAGGUCUCCAUUUGCGGAUCCACCAAACCAGUCUCAAAACACUCAUGCUGUCUCCGACGUUGGGUUCGGAUACGUGAAUGCGCAAGACCCUGCUCAACACAUCCCCCAUCACGCAGUGCCCAAUUCGCCUUUGAAGAGCGCUCUGAGGGUACCAGGGACGCCAGCACGUACCCUGAACCCACUGAGCCCGACCUUCAGGGAGGAGUUUGCCGUAGAGAAGCAAGAGAGACAGGCCGAGAAAGCAAACGCAAAGGAUCUGGCCAUCAAAGUACGUGUCAGAGUCGCCAAGAUCUUCCUCCGGUUCGUCAGCUUCGGUUGUAGCAUAAUUAUCCUUGCUAUUCUGGGCACGACACUCGCCGUCUUCCAUGCAACCCGAAAUCUGCCUUCGAGAAGCGGCACCACGCCGUGGGCUGUUGGCACGAACCCUUGGCCACAGUACCUACUUCUAGCGACUGCUGCCCUGGGGGUGCUUUCCUGUUUGGUUGUCUUUUGGACCUGGAAGAAACGUGGCCACAAACGCGCGGAAAAGGUUGCUGUGUACUACUCCAUCUUUUCUGUCGGUUUCUUUGGCUUCACACUCAUCCUAUGGGUCGUGGUAGGAGCAAUCUACCAACACUCGAAAUCCAACGGAAACGGUCAAGACUUGUGGGGUUGGUCAUGCAAGACGGGCAAUCAAAGGUCGGUGGUAUAUGCCAACGAUGUUGACUACCCACUACUCUGUCGUCUACAGGACUGGGGGUUGGUAUGCGCAGUCAUUGAAGUCGUUAUCGAGGUGUUGAUCAUUCUCAUCUACGCUGUUGUCUUUUACCGAUUCUGGUCUAAGCGGCGUCUCGCCAAGUCCAUGGAUCGUCGAGACAAGGCUCGAUCAGACUUGUAUCUCGCCCAGCUUCGACUUCAAUCCGCCCCCAAUACCCCGGGUUUCCCAUACACCCCCAAGUCACCGUGGGUGUCAACAACAAUGAAGGACCCGUACUCCGCAGCAGAAAAGGGAGAAGCAACGCCCACGCAAUUUGCGACUCCCAUUUCGCCAACGAGACCCCAGCCCACCUUCCAACUCCAGCCGCCUCCCAUCCGUGUGCAGCAUGCUACCCCCAAGACGGAGCAAGGGGAGUUCUCCGCUCCCUCUCCGACCCCGACUCCUCCCCAGGAACACAUGGCCGCUGCACCAGGCGAGCGAACAUACGAGGCUGUCCCAAUUCCAGGGGCUUAUGCCAGCCCGAUGACACCUAGCUUUCCUCAAGGGGUCCGCCAGUAA